AUGUCAUCAGACGUAUCAUCGUCGGACGACGAUGAUGAUGAGGAUGACGAUGAUACCUCAUCGGGUUCCGACUCUGACUCAUCUUCCUCUUCUUCUACAACUUCAUCCUCAUCUACAUCGGCAGCGCCUUCUUCUGUCGAGCUAGACAGUGAUGCCGAACUGAAUGCUUCAUUUGCUGCAGUCCACUUUGACGAGACCAAUUCCGCCCCGAGUAGCCCGCCUGGACCUGGUAUUCAAGAAGAACUCGAAUUUCCGGCGAUCAAGUUUACGCAGGUGGAGCGGGCCUGGCAUUCCUCGAGAGACCGAGAGCGCGUCAUUCAAAUGAUCCGCAAUGAGCUAACGAAUACCAGAACAUUCUUCCCCCGAAUCCGGGAACUGAUUCGUUUACGUCUUUGUCAGGAACACCACCUUGAUGACCCACUAGAGAUGCUCAAGGAAUGGCGGUUUUCGAUAGGCUUGGCUUCACCAUGGAGCGUCCGAAGCGAGUUCGACGAGGUUCUGGGCCUUUUUGUUGACCAGCAUCCGCAACUCGUCAAAGCCGAUUUUGACGAAAAUUUGCAUCAGGCCUUUGUUGAUAACUUUGAAGCAGAGCUGAAGCUUCAUUUGCAAAUUGAACGGACCGCACAUGGGAACGGCAGCAGCUCUUCCAGUACCUUAGUCGAAGAGCCAAUAACGAGACCGGCAAUCCAUAUCAAUGGAGUGCCGAAAGUCAAUGGCGUUGACCAUGAUCCAGAUGAUGGAUACCCUGGCCCUCCUAGUGAGGAGGAGACUGACGAAGAGGAGGAAGAAGAUCCGCGCCGGAAGGCAACCGUCCAAUAUGUUCCAACUUAUGUUGGCUAUCGGCGCCCAAUAGCCCGUCGACGUCCCGAUCGCCACUUCAUGGUGCAACAAAGGCAAUCAGGGUCUGAAGAGGAUGAAGACGAGGAUGAGGAAAAUGACGAGGAAACCUCUUCGCUCAGCGAUGAGGAGAUGGUCGAAGACCCAGGGCCGGUACCCGAAGAAACUGUUCCCCAUUUUGUCGCUCCCACCGACGCCAUGGAUUAUAUCGAAGAUCCAUGU